GGAAGUUGGAACAAAUUGCAGUUCUCUCUCUCUCUCGGUCGGAUUCUCUCUCUGCCUUGAUGUGUCAGUCAAUGGAAGCAAAGAUCGAAGACUUUUGCUAGCCACUUCUGUCCACCAUUACCUUUCCUCGUUCCACGCCUGCUCUUGCCACAGGGGCGCCAGCUUCCCCACCUUUCCCUUCUGAUCUCCUCUUGCGUUCGUCCCGUGUCUUCCAAGUCGGUCAAACUGUCGACCGAGCUCGGCUUUCGUCUCAAAGGUUCGAAAUUUCUGAUCUGGUUCGCUCGGGCUGAACUACCCUUUUCCCCUUUGAUCUCCUCUCGCGUGAGCUUGUGACUCUCGUGGCUGGUCUUCGCCGGUUUGAGCUCCAAAAAGCUGUCUUUCUUUACUUCAUGUGAAGGCUCGGGAGCUCUUGGGGUUGGUGUGGAUGCCCCCCCCCCCGCCCCCCAAAUCUUGAGUUCAAGAUCAUUUUGGGAGGUUCUGGUGCUUGACCCAAUUGCUGUUUCAGUGUGCUGCUCAGUGGUUAGAUGCAAUUCGUUGGGCUGAUGCUUAUCUGAUCAUUGGUAUUAGACAUUGACUUGUAGACUUGGAGAUUUAGUGUGCUUCUGGUUACGGAUUGAAACCACGGUUAUUGUAUUUUAGCUGUCCCGCAAGGUGUUUGGUUUUCAAUUAGCUCGCGAAUUGAUGGCCACUUGCAAGAAACCCCGCACCAAGGAGGCGGGUCGUUGCCGAUUCGUGUUUGUAGUUGUAUUUACGUUCAUGUUUGUCUCUGUUGUGGUUUUUUGCCUGAGAGCAAAUCCGGUUUCAAACAUCGCCAUGGAGCCUGCCGACGAUACGAAUCAUACUUAUAGUUAUUCUCAUUUGGGGGGGAAUCUCAACCUCCCUAAGCAAAAUGAGCUGUCGAUUCAAUUGGAAAUGCGCAACUUGUUGCCUCCCAGAAACAGAGAUCUGUAUCCCACUUUGGCAAAGGAUCACAUAACUAUAGUGUUGUACGUUCAUAAUCGGCCUCAGUACCUCCAAGUAGUCGUGAAGAGCUUAUCGCAAGUAAAAGGUAUAGGUGAGACUCUGCUGAUGGUUAGUCAUGAUGGGUACUUUGACGAGAUGAACAAGAUUGUGGAAGGUAUAAGAUUUUGCCAAGUGAAACAAAUUUUCUCUCCUUAUUCGCCUCACAUUUUUCCAAGUGGCUUCCCUGGUGUAUCACCUAAAGACUGUAAGGGUAAGAAGGAUGCAGCGAAGAAGCAUUGUGAAGGAAAUCCUGAUCAGUAUGGAAAUCACCGAUCGCCAAAAGUUGUCUCACUGAAGCAUCAUUGGUGGUGGAUGAUGAAUGCGGUGUGGGAUGGACUGAAGGAAACUCGGGGGCAUUCUGGCCAUAUUCUUUUCAUAGAAGAGGACCAUUUUAUUUUCCCAAAUGCAUACCGCAACUUGCAGAUCCUCACAUCACUGAAGUCUAAGAAAUGUCCUGAUUGCUAUGCUGCAAACUUAGCACCUUCUGAUGUGAAGUCGAAGGGGGAAGGUGGGGAAAGUUUGAUCGCCGAGAGGAUGGGUAAUGUAGGUUAUUCCUUCAACCGAACUGUCUGGAGGAAAAUCCAUAAAAAGGCUAAAGAGUUCUGCUACUUUGAUGAUUACAACUGGGACAUUACGAUGUGGAGUACAGUUUAUCCCUCCUUCGGGGCUCCAGUGUAUUCAUUGCGAGGACCUAGGACUAGUGCUGUUCACUUUGGGAAGUGUGGGUUACAUCAAGGCCAGGGCGAGCAAACUGCUUGUGUUGAUAAUGGGGUUGUGAACGUUGAAGUAAAUGAUGAAGAUAAGGUUGCAAAUAUCAAAUCUGAAUGGAAUGUGCAUGUCCAUAAGCAUCAACCAGGUUAUAAGGCCGGGUUCAAGGGUUGGGGAGGCUGGGGUGAUGAGAGGGACCGUCAGUUAUGCUUGGAGUUUGCUCGCAUGUAUAAAAUCACAGAGACAGCUUCCUCCUGAAUAGCCAAUCUUUUGAUUUAUCCUGUUGCUGUAGCAUGAGGCUCCAAUUAUUCUAGAUGAGUUAUCAAUAGAAAUACGCAUAGCAUUUCUGUGUAUCUAAUAGAUACUUCAAUUAUUCGGUAAUAAAUUUUCUCAAAUUGAUCGGCUUUUUGUAUUA